AUGAAUGCUGAUGUGGAAAAUAUGGAUGGGGUCACCUUCCGAGGGCGCCUUGGUAGCCUCUCACCCAAUAUGCCAAGUCGGGCCACAGUGCGCUGUCUGAAAAUGCAAUCUAUGGGGCCCCUGGUGGGCAUGUUCAAAUCUCCCCCGGGAGCCGCUGCCUUUGGUGCAGCCCCUUUCAUCCUAAAAAAUAUAGACACGGUUCCUGCUGCAUUCAGAACGAAUGCGCAGUCUGGCUUGAUGUUCACAGACAUCCCCCUCAAAACAAAACAAAACAAAAAGGAAAAUCAACAAAUGUCUGGGAUCCAUGGAUGGAGCGAGGGGGAACUUCGCCUGAGGCAUGUGCAUGCCCAUGCCAUGCCCGUUUACCACGCCCCAGAAUGCCCCCUCCACACCCUGGCCACGCUCCCGCACAGAAAUAAGACGCUGCAGAUGGAGAAGAUCAAGGCCCGCUUGAAGGCCGAAUUCGAGGCCCUGGAGUCGGAGGAGAGGCACCUGAAGGAAUAUAAGCCUUGGGGAGAUGGACUUGCUGCUGCAAGAGAAGAUGGCCCAUGUAGAGGAACUAAGGCGUCGAUCCAUGCUGACAUCAAUGCGGCGGAAUGGCGAGCGAACCCACAGGAACCUCCCAUCCCGGAGUCUCUGGCUGCGGCUGCGGCGGCGGCACAACAGCUGCAGGUGGCCAGGAAACAGGACACCAGACAGACGGCCACGUUCAGACAACAGCCUCCGCCUAUGAAGGCUUGCUUGUCGUGCCAUCAGCAGAUCCACCGGAACGCGCCCAUUUGCCCGCUGUGCAAAGCGAAAAGCCGGUCUCGGAAUCCCAAGAAGCCCAAGAGGAAACAAGAUGAAUGAAAAGGGGGGGAAAUCAGCACUUGCCAAGGAAGCUGGUGACCCUAUCAGACCUCCCCCAGCCCUUUUUUCUGGUAGAACUGUAAAAAUUUGUUGGGACACCAAGACGAGCGUGCCUGAAGCUUUGUUUCUGUUUCGUGUGAUGUAAGCACAAGGUUUUUCCUUUGAUCCUGA